AUGUACUUCAACAUCAAACCUCUUGCUCUCCUCGCUGUUACCGCCCUCGCCCCUCUCGCAGACGCAUUGCGCUACGAUGGGUACUCUUCUACUGUCGCCUGUAGCGGUCCCAGCUUCUUCUGCAACGACAACGGAGGAGUGUGCUGCUCCCUCCCCACUGGGUUUGGCUUCUCCGUGCAGUUCGCCGACCUUCCAGCGGGUACCCAAGGCCAGGGAUACACCGGAAACACCUGCGGGAGCUUCCUGUUCUCUGUCUUCGGGCCCGGCACCAGAUGCUGGAACGGUGGAGGAGCCCGUGCCACGCACAUGAACUGGUUCCACUCGCCCCAGGGUGGCAGACGCGACGUCAUCGCCUCCCGUGCGGACAACUCAACCUGCGGGCCCUCCGGGUUCACCUACCACGACGACAGCGGCGUCGCGAGGAGCAUCAAGGUCCCUCUCGGCGAGGCUGAAGCAAUCGUCGAGUCCUACACUAAGAAGGACUUUGCCAAGUUGGCCAGCUACGAGACCUACUAA